AUGACUCAGCCACUGAUCGACUUGCGGACCACACUGUACGGGGGACGUUCUCUCUUUGCUAUCCAACCCAUUAUCGAGGGGACCAACAUCUUUACGUGCCAAGUUCCUUGUGCGCAUGUGAUUUACAAAGAUUAUCGCAGGGAAGUCUGUGCUCAGUGUUUCGCUUAUGCCGCAAGUAAUUCUCGAAGUAUUGAUGAUCCACGGACUUGGGGUAUUAAAAGCUGUAGGACAAAUGCAGAGACUGUUUGGUUCUGUACAGACGAAUGCAAGGUCACAUGGGAAAGUGGGGUGAUAGGUCCAUUGAUAGCAGGUGUCAAUGCUCUUCUUGGCAAAGCAAAGAUAGCCACUCGGAAGAAUCCAGACAGGGACGGCUACGAUCCGAUAUUGCCAAAUGGUCCUCCUACACAAAUCACGCAAGAUUACAUCGACAAAGCAUGGGCGGACGUUGAGGAAUUGGUUUCCUGUCGUGCCCGUCUUUCUUCAUACUGCUCGACGAUGAAUUUAGAAGAUAUGGAACUCGAAAUAUCGCGCUCAGUUGCAUCAGCCAUCGUCCAGCGAUAUGUAUCUGAUCACCGUCUCGCCAGCCUUGCGACUUCUUCGAUAAUAACCACCUCAGAUCUAUGGAAGGAGGUUCUUGAUCUCCAGAGCAGCGAGCUCCCGAACGUUAGUCUGCGGCCUUACAUUCUCGCGGCGCAUCUACGUGUAUAUGCUUUUCUGUGUUAUUCGCUUCCAAAGCAUCUCAGACAAUAUGUUCCUACUGUUCGACAUAUUCUUGCACGCGAUACCGGGAAUGCUUUCGGGAUUUGGGAUGGAGAUAAUAGAGACGAAAUGCUGGGAUGGGGCCUUUGGGCGGGCGCGAGUUAUUUUAAUCACAGUUGUUGCCCAAAUGUCAAAAAGACGCGCGUCGGACGUACCAUGCACUUCACCACCUCUCGCUCAGUCGAAAUUGACGAGGAGCUCUGCAUUAGUUAUAUUGAUACUAAUCAAACAGUUACGCAGCGCAAACGGGAUCUACAAAACAGUUGGUUCUUCGCAUGCCGGUGUCAGCGUUGCCAAUCAGAAGAACCUGAUGAGGCAUCUCCGCAUUGA